AUGUGUCUUAAUCAACACCCCCCCCCCUCCCUAGGCUUGGCUCACGGGUCGGUGGUGGCGCCGGAGGAGGGAGGAGGUGACGACGAGCCUGAUGAAGGAGGAGGGAGGAAGGUGGAGACGUGUGAUACCUGCCCCUACUUUCUUAACACCACCGUCCACGUCACCACCUCACAGGGCGUUCCUGCUAAUCUUACCUGCGGAGUGAGGAACCUUGUUGACAGAAAGGUGUCGUGGAUCCGGCGGAAGGACCUCCACGUCCUCACCACGGGCGCCUUCACCUACACGACCGACGGACGCUUCAGGGCGCUACACCUGGUGGGCUCCCCGUACUGGACACUACAGGUAGAUGCGCCCCUCGUCAGCGACUCCGGCGUGUACGAGUGUCAGGUCUCCACGCAACCCAAAAUCUUCAGGAGGUUUACUCUAAGUGUGGUCGUACCGAGCGCGGAGAUUCAGGGAACUCACCAGAUGUUUAUGAAGGCUGGCAGUGACAUCAACAUCACCUGUAUUGUCACUGGCAACGUCCGCGGCUCACCUGUCACCUGGUACCACACCUUGCCACGCCACACUACUAGCGUGGAGGUGGAGGAGAUCAACGCAGGUGGUCGUGGCGGCGUUCAGCUGGUGACUGACAAACAUGCGGGUACCAGCUGGCUCUUGGUCACUCAUGCCACCUGGAGAGAUGCCGGGAACUACACCUGUGCUCCCGCUAAUGCCAGACCUGCCACUGUCGCUAUACAUGUACUGGACGAGGAGGCGCCUGCCGCCAUGCAACACGACUUGCAACCCAACGCUGCUAGCAAGGCAUCCACGCCCACCUCCCACGUCCUACUGGCGGGCGUGCAUCUGCUGCUGCUUCUGGAGGCGCACUGGGGGCGUAUACGGGCGUGGGGAGACGGCGUGAGGUGGUGGUGGGGCGUCGUGGUGGGGAUGGUGACGACGACUACGCCCAGGAGAGUGUUGUCCAGUACCUUGUGUUGACCUUGUUGCUGGUGGGCCAAUCUCUUCCUCCUCCUCCUUCUCUCCUUCCUCUCCUCUCCUUCUCUUCCUCCUCCUCUCCUCUUCCUUCACAUCUGCAUCACCAUCUGUCUUGUGAGUUUUUACAGAAUAUACGUAUGUGUAAUUAUGUACAUAUAUAUACUUGAAUGAGCUGUUUUGUAUGAGAUCAAACUUAUGUAUAGGAGUGUAUGAACUCUUGUGUAUAUACAGCUGCCCAAUGUUUGUGUAUAUACUUAUGUGUGUAUGGGUAUUUAUGAUUGACAUAGUGUAUAUACGUAUUUAUAUGUUUGUAAACGGUUCUUCCACCUAGAUUCUAUUGAUUCUAUUUACAAUGUGGUCGCGCUGCCGUGAGAACAUCUGCAGCCAAAGCGCGUGUGGCCGACGGACCUAUUAAGACUUUGACCCGACCUAAAAAUAUACCAGGAAGAGAUGACGAAAAAUUAAGUUUUAUAUUUUCAAAAAUCAAAUUAUUUCGGUAAAAAAGUCUCUCAUUUGAUAUAUAAUUAAUAACUCAUAAAACAACAACAGUAAAUGAUCUGUUUAAAAUAUAUUAAUAUAUGAUUUAAGAGUUUAUAUGUUGUUGUUGUUUUUUAUCUGACAAUCAAAAUCGGCUUAGAAUCCCUUCAUAUCAAAAUACUUUAUUUAUGUAUUUGCAUAAUUAUUAGAUAUUUUAUAAAGUUUAUACUUAGGUUUUAAAAAGUAUAUGCGGCAUUAAACAAAAUGUUAGUUAUAUGUUCCCCAUGUUCCAAUACUUUAGCUGACUGCAGAAGUUGUCAUGAGAGUGUUAGGACAAUAAUGAUAUAGCUUUUUUUUUCCUGAAAUGAAUUGCAUUCCAAAAUUUAUUGUCAUAUUUACAUAUACAAAAUACGAGAGGGUUGGACCUUUUCCCCGAGAGAUGACGUCACAAACCUGCAGCUGUUGAUUGGCUGAUUGAUAAAAUACAAAGGGAUAAAUCCUUCCCCAAGUGGUUACGUCACUAAGCUUGCAACCGUUAAUUAGCUGACUGACAAUACCAGAGAUAAUGUCCUUACCCUUAUUAUUAGUAUUGCUUAACUAAACACAAGAAGAUUUACCCACAGAGGCAUUGUAUAUUUAGGCAUCAAUAAUAUUUUACACUCGGCUCCCUCUCCCUUAAUGUCUACACUCGGUCCAUCGCCCGGAGUUUUAAACAACAUCUUCCCUUGACGGGGGUCAUUGCGUCGAACACCAUAGUUUUAAAUGUGAAGGACCUUUAACUGCAGCGCACGAUGGAGAAUGGUGGCGGGGAAACGAACUAAUAAUACUGGAAUUUGAAGCGGUAACUAUAGUGGGUUUUUUCUCAGCUGUACGAUUUUGUUCUGAAGUAAUGAUGUAUUUCUAAACGAGUUUAUUCAUAAUCGUUGGGAUGACCGUUUCUGACAAAGAUAUUUAGCUAAAUUAU